ACCUUCUUCCCCUCCCCGUCGAUCGAACAGAAGUAGGAAGAAAGAGGCUGUCUGCCUUCUCUCUUCCCCUACACCGUCUUCUGCUCCAUAUAAAAGCUCUUGCCUUGCGCUUUUUUUCGUCCUUUUCCGUGUCUUUCCCGGCAAUAUAGGCUCCCUCCUCUCCUCCUCUCUCAGAUAGUACGUUGUCGGUCAAUCGCUGUCCGCUGCCUCGGCUCCGGUGCAUCGGAUCAAGGAUUCUGCAAAUAUCGAUCGUGUUUUGGUUUCGAUCUCGACAACCGCUCGUCUUUUGGGGGAAUGUUUGUCAUCCUUGAGGUCCUUGGACUCGUUUCCUGAGUCAUGCAUAGUGCGGAGUAGGGGAUUUCGUCGCCGAUUCUUUAUUUAUGCUUUUCUGUUGUUCGCUUCGGAGGUUUUCUGGAGUGAUUAUUGGAGAGGCGAAGGGGAAGGGGGUUCGUGAUCCAGUAUGCCGUUUAUUGAGUCGGAUUGCGCGAUGGCCGGAGAAGUUGAAGGAGAGACCUGCUCGGCGGAGGAUGAGAGGAGGAUAAUUCGUGAAUUGUGGGACUCGGCGGAGUCGAAUUCGAAGGCUGGAGACGUGUAUUACGUCGUUUCGAGCAGGUGGUGGAGGUCUUGGAAGGGUUAUGUAGAGCUAGAAGAGAAGAUCAGUCCUGUCGAUGAGGAUUCCACAGCAGAGGACUACAGUGAGGAAGCAGGCACAAAGGAUAGAUGCAGACCUGGUGUGAUUGAUAAUUCUGAUCUUGUCCGGGAUGAAAAGGAUGGGAGUGUUGGACUGGAGCUUUGUAAUGGUUUGCAGGAAGGCCGUGAUUACGAAUUGGUUCCUGAAGUUGUAUGGAAGCGGCUUGUAGAAUGGUAUGGAGGAGGUCCAGCUUUACCUAGAAUUCUCAUUUCUCCUAACCCUUCUAGGAAGGAGUUAGUUGUGGAGGUUUAUCCAUUGCUUCUUCAUCUGACCGUUGCUCCCAAAGGCACAAGAUCCACCCUUAGCAUGAGCAGAAAGGGCACUGUGAGAGAGCUGUAUAAUAAGGUCUCUGAGAUUCUAAAGUUGGACUUGCGGAAGAUACGUCUUUGGGACUACUUCAACAAAACAAAAAAUGCACUUCUAUCAGACGUAGAUCGAACUCUAGAGGAUUCCAAUCUGCAGAUGGAUCAGGAUAUUCUUGUUGAGGUCCAAACUGAUGGGGUUUGGCCAAGUGAUGGUGUCAAGACUGAUCAUGAAAUGGUGUCAUCCAAUGGCGAGUUGGCUCUAGUGUCAAUAGAGCCUGCAAGAUCAAUUUUUUCAAUUGCAGGUGGACCUACUUUGUGCAAUGGGAAUUCCACAGGGUUUUCUUCAGAUUCCUUGCACAGAAGUAAUUUAGAUAUAGUAGGAAGAGAUCCAGAGAAUGGAUAUGAUCGACUAAGCACUAAUUGUGGUGGGGGUUGUUGUGGGUUGACAGGACUGCAAAAUCUUGGGAACACUUGCUUUAUGAACAGUGCUCUUCAAUGUUUGGUUCAUACACCACCACUCGUACAAUUCUUUCUUGGGGACUACAGCCAGGAGAUAAACAGGCAGAAUCCUUUGGGAAUGGAUGGUGAGAUAGCAUUAGCAUUUGGUGACUUGUUGAGGAAACUAUGGUUGCCAGGUCGAACUCCAGUUCCUCCACGUACAUUCAAAGCAAAACUUGCUCGGUUUGCUCCUCAGUUUAGUGGAUACAAUCAACAUGAUUCUCAAGAACUUCUGGCUUUUCUUUUGGACGGUCUGCAUGAAGAUCUUAAUCGUGUUAAACGGAAGCCUUACAUUGAAACGAAGGAAGCAGAUGGCAGACCUGAUGAAGAAGUUGCAGAGGAGUUCUGGGCAAACCACAAGGCCCGAAAUGACUCUAUAAUUGUGGACAUUUGUCAAGGCCAAUAUAAAUCAACACUUGUGUGCCCAGUUUGCAGCAAGGUUUCUGUCACUUUUGAUCCUUUUAUGUAUCUGUCACUCCCAUUACCUUCAACAGCUACCCGUUCAAUGACAGUUACAGUGUUCUACGGUGAUGGAAGUGGUCUUCCCAUGCCUUUCACCAUAAAUGUGCAAAAACAGGGUUACUGUAAGGAUCUAAUUCAGGAGUUAAGCGUUGCUUGCUGUUUAAGCACUAAAGAGUGUCUAUUGCUUGCAGAGGUUUACAACCAUCGGAUAUAUAGAUAUCUUGACAAUCUUUAUGAGCCAUUAUCGUCUAUUAAAGACGAUGAUUGCAUAGUUGCCUACAGACUGACGUCUAGGCAUGAGAAAUUUUUGAGGCUGGAGUUGCUUCAUCAAAGGAAUGAAAUUCAUUUUGACUUGCAGCGAAGUGGUAACUGGAGACCGUUUGGUACACCACUCAUCACCUGUUUGCCUGAGGCUCCUCGAAAUGUUGCUGACAUUCAAGAUGCAGUCAGGGCGUUACUUGCCCCACUACUUAGGAAGAAAUCCUUGCAUUGUUUGAAUGGGAUGAAAAUGCAUAAGGAUGAGUGUCCAAUUGAUGGGGGAGAUGACACCAUCAUGGAGAACUGUGACACUGUUGCUGGACAUGAUGACCAGACUCCAUCUGAUUCUGGAUCAAGCAACGAGGAGCUAUCAUUUGACCUAUUGCUUACAGAUGACAGAAGUUCCAUGAGACCUCUCGAUGAUGAUGCAUUGAAGUUUUUGAAUCGAUCCAGUAGGAUACAAAUCACAAUGCAUUGGUCCAAUGAAAACAAGGAAGUCUAUGACACCAGUUUCCUUGAGAAUUUGCCUGACGUUUUUAAAUCAGGGUUUGUCAUGAAGAAAAUACGGCAGGAAGCGGUCAACUUGUUUUCAUGCUUAGAUGCAUUCUUGAAAGAGGAACCUCUUGGUCCUGAUGAUAUGUGGUAUUGUCCUCGAUGUAAGGAACAUAGGCAAGCAACAAAGAAGUUGGACUUGUGGAGAUUGCCAGAUAUUCUCGUUGUCCACUUGAAACGUUUUUCUUACAGCCGGUAUUUCAAGAACAAACUUGAUACCCUUGUCAACUUCCCUAUUUGCAACUUGGAUUUGACGAAGUAUGUGAAGCGGAAGGGUGCGCCUGAAUCUUACGUAUAUGAUCUCUAUGCAAUUAGUAACCAUUAUGGUGGCAUGGGUGGUGGUCACUAUACUGCAUAUGUGAAGCUCCAUGAAGAGAACAGAUGGUACAGCUUUGAUGACAGCCAUGUUUCUCCAGUUAGCAAGGACGACAUUAAGACUUCAGCUGCUUAUGUCUUGUUCUAUCAGCGAAGGGUGGAACCAGCUGCUGGGGAAAGUAGAGAACUUUUCCCCUUGAAUGGUCAACGCUGUUGAGGUCUUGCUUAAAGCACAUUUGAGUAAAAUAGUGCUGCUCUUGUCUUGCAUAUCGGGAGAUGGACAGCCCUCUGUAACAUUGAUUGCUCCUGUGGUUAACGCGGCUUUCCUGCAGGCAAAGAUUAUGAGCCUUCCUCGCCCAGAAAUAUUGGAACUAAAGUAAUACAAGGAAAUGGAAGGUUUGGACGCAAGGGGAUGCCUUGGCACCGGGAGAGGGGCCUCGUCUAUAAUUUUGAGUCUUGAUGAGGCUAAGUUACUGCUUGCGGUUGAAUAGGAGUAGUAGUAUCAUAAUGUUGGGUAUCAUUAUUUGGACGUUUCUUUUCCUGUAGGAGAAUUGGGGAAAUUAGGCAAUUUGUUUGACAUUAUCAUAUGGGUAAUUCUUUUUGGGGCCUUUGAUUUAAUGAGGUGGACAUAUACCCGGCUCUUGCAGUCGCGUUAUUCAUCAUGCGGGUUUUAAGAAAGAAAUAAAGGUCUUCGUUUUAA